ACCACCUCCCAGACCCUCAACAUCGUCGCCCACCAGGACGACGACCUCCUCUUCCUCUCUCCGGACCUGCUGCACACCAUCCAGUCGACCACCGCCUCCACGCCCGUGCGCACCAUCUUCCUCACCGCAGGGGAUGCGGGCGACUCCUCCCCGACCUACUGGCCGGCGCGCCAGUCGGGCUCCAUGGCCGCCUACGCGCGCAUGGCCAAUGCCCCCAACAGCUGGACGCAGUCCACCCUCCCCGCGACCGCCAUCCCGCUGUACACCCUUACCGCCAACCCGGCCAUCUCGCUGGCCUUCCUCCAACUCCCCGACGGCAACCUGCACGGCGAGGGCUUCCCGACGACCGGCAACAGCAGCCUCGAGCAACUCUGGCACCAGGAGAUCGACUCCCUCACCAGCUUGAACCCCGACCAGCCCGCCACGUACACCCACUCCACCCUGCUCCAAACCCUCAGCGAGGCGAUCGCCGCGUUCAACCCCGUCCGCAUCAACACCCUCGACUUCACCCGGGAGUUUGACGCGACGAGUCCGCCCGAGGGCGGCGCGUGGGCGGAUCACAGCGAUCACCUCGCGGCGGCCAAGUUCGCGCAGGCGGCCGCCGGGGACUGCGCGGCGGCGGGGCGGAACGCGGCGGAGGUGGUGGGGUACACGGGGUAUCCGGUGCUGGAUGUGCUGCAAGCGAGCGGGAAUGUCGCGGGAGCGGAUCUGGUGGAGAAGCAGUUGGCGUUCUACACUUAUGCGCUCGGGGAUUGGAAGACUUGUCGGGAUCAGAGUGGGUGCAAGGGGGGCAAUGAGGAGGGAUGGUUGAGCCGGCAGGUGGUUGCGACCUCGUCUGGUUCGGUGGUGGCGAGUGCGGCGGUGGGCGCAGCGGAAGGGGGGUUUGGGGGUCGGUGGGGGUUUGUGAAAGGGGGAGAGCGGGUGGUGUUGGAUGGGGAGGGGAGUUCGGGGGGCUCGACGUACUCCUGGCGGCAAGUGGAAGGGGUUCCGGCGCAGAUUGACGGGGGAGAGAGUCCGCAGGCGACCAUUACGGUCCCCGUUGCUUCUUCGGUGGGGGGAGAUACCCUCGUCUUUGAGCUGGUGGUGUCUGGGGAUGGGGCGGUGCGGAGUACCCCGGCGCGGGUGACUCUGUUUGUGGUGCCCGGGGAGGAGUUGGGGCAACAGGCGAGUAAUAUCACCGCCUCGUCGGAGAAUACGGCGGAUGGACAGUCGGCUGCGAAGGCUGUGGAUGGGAGGGGGGGGGGGUAUCCGGCGGAUGCCACGAUGGAGUGGGCGACGGUGGGUGGGAAGGAAGGCAGCUGGCUGAGGCUGGAGUGGGAUACACCGCAGACCGUCUCGCAGGUCUAUCUGUUCGAUCGGCCCAACACAUUCGACCAGGUCACUGGAGGCGUGGUGGAGUUCGAGGAUGGCAGCAGUGCGGCAUUUGAGGCGUUGUCCAACUAUGGGGAGCCCAAUUUGGUGACUUUUGCGCAGAAGUCGGUUCAGAGUUUGACCAUCAGGGUUACUUCUGUCAGUUCCACAACGGGGAAUGUGGGCCUGGCAGAGGUCAAGGUGUUUUGA